AUGAAAAUUUUUGGUCUUUCCAAUAGCGCUUUGAACAAGAUCCUUUUGCGUCAUCGAAACAACGUCAACAAAAAGUCCCAAGUUCAAAAGUCACCAUCCAACAAUCCUCUUAUGUGCUAUGUUGGAGUGAACGCUCCAAAGGCUGGUGUCAAUGUUGGAGCUCAGGUAAGUGCAACUACCAGGGUUGAAUAUUUGAUUCUUUCGCAAAACGUGCCUUGCGUGGGAAUGUGCUCUACUCUCAACGGUAUCGUCAAUGGUGACAAUGUUACCACCUUCCAAUGUGUGCCAACCAGCGUGUGCAAGUGGGUAACAUAUUUACCUCGGGGAUACUGUAGAACACUUUCCGCCUACAACGGUUGCAAUUCGCUGCCAGGAGAUCGUGGAGUUAACGGAUGCUGUUGCGAUACUCCAAACUGUAACUUGGCUAGCCGACCUGAUAUCAUUGAGCCACCUCCAAUGCCGGUGUCAGAAUACCCAAUCUCCUGCUGGAGUGGUAUCUACGUCGACGGUACCGCCAUCAGCAACGCAGGAUACAUAACCUGCUUUGGUGACUGCGCCUCAGUAACCCUGAACACCACAUUCAACAACGAACAACAUUCUGCCUCACUAUAUAUGUGUGAUCCUACCUCAAUCUGUAGAUCUCUAAUCAAAAGAGGUGCUGAAUGGGACAAUCUCCUGCCAUGGACACUUACAGAUAUGACGAACAAAUGCUCUACGGUUGAGCCAGGUCUUGGUGGAUGCUGCUGUAAUACCGAUGCGUGCCUUAACCCACUUACUAACACUGUGGGUUUAAUUAUAAAAUAA